UGCCGCGGGCCCCGGCGGCGGGGCCGUGCGCGGGGAGGAUGGGCCGGUGGCGGGGCCGGGCGCGGGGCGUCGCGGUGGCGGUGGCGCACGGGCUGUGCUCGGGCUCGCUGAACAUCCUGCUGAAGUUCCUGCUGGCCCGCUACCACUUCGCCUUCCUGACGCUGCUGCAGUGCCUGAGCAGCGCGGCGGCGGCGCUGGGGCUGGAGGCGCUGCGGCGGCGGGGGCUGGCGGCGCUGCCGCCCUUCGGGCCCCGCCUGGCGCGCCCCUUCGCCGCCGUGGCCGCCCUGGCCACGCUGCAGUCCACCCUCACCCUCUGGUCGCUGCGCGGCCUCAGCCUCCCCAUGUACGUCGUCUUCAAGCGCUGCCUGCCCCUCGUCACCCUCCUCACCGGCGCCCUGGUGCUCCGCGACGGCAUGCCCUCGCCCGGCGUCCUCGUCGCCGUCCUCAUCACCACCUGCGGCGCCGCGCUGGCCGGAGCUGGUGACCUGACCGGGGAUGCUAUGGGCUAUGUGACAGGCGUGCUGGCCGUGCUGAUACAUGCCGCCUACCUGGUGCUCAUUCAGAAGACCAGUGUAGACAGUGAAUAUGGACCCCUGACAGCUCAGUAUGCCAUCGCUGUUUCAGCCACCCCUUUUCUCAUCAUCUGCUCCUUUGCCAGCAUGGAUUCCAUCAAUGUCUGGUCAUUCCCAGGGUGGAAGGACCCUGCCAUGGUAUGCAUCUUUAUUGCUUGCAUCCUGAUUAGCUGUGCCAUGAACUUUACCACCCUUCACUGCACUUACAUUAACUCGGCUGUGACCACCAGCUUCGUAGGGGUGGUGAAGAGCAUAGCAACCAUUACGGUGGGCAUGGUGGCAUUCAAUGAUGUGGAGCCCACAAAGUUAUUUAUAGCCGGUGUUGUGGUCAAUACCUUGGGGUCUAUCACUUACUGCGUGGCCAAGUACAUUGAGACCAGACGGCAGAGCAAUUACGAGGACCUGGAGAAAGAAGCGAGAGAAGAGGAAGGGAAAAGACAGGCUGGGGACCAAGCACUGUUUGCGAUGGAGGCGAUUUCCCAGGAGAAGAGGGCUGAGGAAGCAGCAGUGGAAGGAUCAGCCACGGGGGCCAGCCAGAGUGGAGAGGAAGAGAAGGACAGCACUGAGAAACCUGCCAAGGGACCAGCGAUCCAGGGAAAAGCCACUGGCACGCAAAAAGAGAACAGGAGCUCGCUGAAGGAUGCCUAUCUUGGAGUGUGGAGGUUGGUGAGGGGUGCUAAUUAUAUAAAGAAGGAUUAUUUGAUAGAAAAUGAAGAGCUACCAAACCCUUAAAAACCAGGUUUGAAAACCUAUUGCGUGAGGACAGACACCUGCUUCUCUGUACAAGGGGAAAGGCAGAGCAUACAUUUCCACAUCAAUGCUGACAAAUCCAAAUCAUGUAGGGUGACUUUACCUCAUUGUCAAAAAGCAAAAGGUUAGAGUUUGCUCAUGCUUUGGGCUUGCUUUCAGCUGCUUUCAGUACAUCAGUUUAGACCCACCACAGCUAAAGGUACCGAGUCCUCUGCUGUGGAUGCAGAGAGAGUUGGGUAACGGCAAGUCACGGGGUGCUUGCCCAGCAGCCUGGGCCAUGGGGGACACCAGUACCAGUAAGUUAGUCGGCAGUGCCAGUGACACGGCGGUAGCCUGUAGCUUAGCUUGCGUCUAGAGCCUUGUGAUUUUAACACCAGUUGGAGGCUCUGUCGGUGUGCUUCCAUAUCUGUAUCCAUCCAAUUAUAGGUACUCAAUAUAAAUAUAUUCCUGCAAUAUAUAAGCUCCUAUUAACUGUACUUUUAUGUGCUCCUCUGUGUCAAUACAAUUGCAACAGAGCCAGGGGUUGUGCCACUUUGAUUAUAUUGGUGUAAAAACACCCUCUUAACUGAAGAAUUGAAACUCUCCCUGAUUCUGUGGCCAGGCUGGGCCUUGGACCUGGUUUACAUUGGGCGGUUUGUGUCUUCAGCAGAAAUACUUCUGUCUUAUGGUGGUGUACAUGAGAGCAGAAACAGAUCUGAACUUUUGAGAAGCUGUGGUCGGCAAAAGAAGGAUGUUUUUCUAUGAGCUUUAACUACCUGUGGCAUUGGGAAUAUUAGUCUGACACAAAUAAAAGGGAUUGGAAAUGUUGGACCGUAGUGAUUUCAUUUGGGAGGGCUAUUAAAAAAAUCGGGAGACAGUGUGUGCCUUGUGCUACCCCCUCCUUGUUCCCUAAAGUCGGGUGAAUCAGAACCUGGCCCGGAACCCAGGUGUCCUCUCCAUCUCAGUCUCUCAGAAGUACAGGCUGAUAGAACUGGGGACACCACCUCUGCUGGAGUUCCCAGGAUUGCCUUUGCAGGACAGUUUUGCUGUCUUCUGGCCACCUGUUGGGUUAUGGCUUCAUGCAUAUCAGCCCUUGCUGUUCCCCUGUGCUGUGGUGUCCCGUGGAGGAGCGUGGGCAGGCAGGCAGGGAGCUGCAGUGAGCUCCUGCUGAUCGCAUGGCUGAGCACUCACGGGCCAGGAUGCUCCGUGUGCUUGGCACCGAGACGUCCGUGGCUUUGGUGGGAGCUGCUCCCCUGUGCCCAGACUGUCCCUGUGGGCUGUGAGGGCAAUGCUGCCUCUCCAUCCUGGCCCUUCCCAUGCUCCUGUGGGAAGCUGGGAGCAGGCGCUCCAGUGGGGCCUCUACUGAACAUGCUAAUAUUUUGUACCACAUACAUUUAACGUGAAAGACUGGGGAAACAAGCAGUUGAGUAUUUCUUAGCCUGGGGAUACCCUUUUGGGAGAUGGGAGUCUUCAGGUCAAACCUUUGCUGAGAACUAGGCAGAGACGAGGUUUGACUCUGAGUCUUCUUCAUCCCAAAAGGGUGCCCCAACCAUCAGGCCAUCUUGACCACAGGCUGAAACAAGUUCUUAUCAUCUCCUGAAAAAAUGAGCCAAGUUUGUUGUUGUUGUUAUUAUUGUUAUUAAUAUUGCUGUUGUUGUUAUUUAUUAAGCCACUGAACUGAAAAUCAAUUAUUCCCACAGCCCUAAUUAAUCAGUGCCUAGCCCAAUGCCUUCUCAAGCCAAGCAGGCAGCAUUAGCCUCACAGCACGUUCAGCAGUGAAAUCUGAAAUGAGCAAUUUACCCAGCAGGGAAUAUUUGCAAAACUGAUCUCUGGGGGAGCUUUAGAUUCUUGUCAAUAAAUGCAGGCAGAAACAUUGCAUGUUUUCUGAGUGAGUGCAGAAAUUGGGUGACCUGGCAUCACCCGUGAAUUUUGAAAGAGAUGGUUAUAAAGACAUUCAGGGUAAAAGCCUGUCAUUGCUGAGCUGGUGGAUGGGGCACGGAGAUCUGUACAUCACACGGCAUGUAUAGCUUGUGUUUAAGAUUUGAGAGAUGCUGGCUGUAUGCCAAAAUGCAUUUACUUUCUGUUCAAGCUCCACGUGGCAUUUUUUUAAAUAAAAGCACUAUUUGUUGUUCAGAGGCUAACAUAAACGGGAGUUUUGCUAGUUUUACAAAUGAUUCCUAGACUAAAGAAGUUUGCGCCUAUGAGUUAUAGUUGCUGUAUUACAGAACUCAUUACGAUAUUGAACUGCAUUGUAAUCAUACAGAUGGCUGAAAAGAAACCCAUAUUUCCAAUCGGUCCUCACUGUGCUCGGAGUUUUCUGUCCACAAGAAAUGUGAAUCUUUUUACCAUCUGGAUGCCAGUCUUAGAUCCCAUAGCGUACACUCCAUGUUUGGCACAUGCUGCGGAAAGCUUUCUCCCUGGAUUCUUGUUGCAGGACUUUUUCCUGGGGGAGUUCAAUGUUUUGCCGCUUACUGUUUUUGAAAUAUUAGUAGAAACUUGCAAAAAUUCGAACAGUUUUGACUGUUAAAAAAGCUGCUGUUAUGGUGUGGUACAUUUGCAUGUAUAGUCGAAAUGUGAUUAUAUUGUAUUCUGUUUAUACCUGUAAAUUCCCUAAAUUAGAACGGGAAUUUGGCAAACGCAAUCCACUUUUUCAGUAAGAGAGACAGUCGCACAAUAAAAUAAAACUACUGCCUCGUGCUGAGGUAUUUUAAUAGCAUCAGCGGAAGACUGCAGAAUGAGAUGUGGGAAUAAAAUGCACUGCUUUCCAAAA